AUGAACAGCGCUGCUACGAAAUCUUAUCUGGUGAAAACUGACCGUAGGACAGAACUUCAUUUGCCAAAAAAUUGGCCUACUGAAUGGAACUCUGGAGAAAUACCUUUCGUGUUUAACUUUUAUUCUAUUGGUGUGAGACGGUUAAAAAGCCUAGUGAAAAAAGGACACAAUUACAUAGAGAAGCGAUCAUGUUUGAAGUUUAAAGAAUAUGAUCCUAGAAAGGCAUCGAAAAAGGCUAACUUUACAUUUCUGCACUACAACUUUUCCGGAGUGUUGGAAAGUUGCUGUUUGCUCUAUUUUACCAAGCCUUAUGGGCGACGGAUGGUACUAAUAACUCCAACAUGUGCAAUGCCUGCAGAAGUUGCGCAUGCGUCUUUGCAUGGCAUGGGCCUCCUACACGAACACCGCGAACCAUUUAGGGAAGCUGAAGUGCGAGGAAUUUUCUUUUUCAAAACCUGUGGGCGUGAAAAAGAAGAAUUAUUCGAUAGCAAGAUGUAAUAUACCUUUAACCUUG